GAGCCAUGUGUGCUGUUUCCUCCGAGAGCGAUGAGAUAAUUAACCAUUGAGCGAACACAUCCGCGCAAGAGGCACGGAGCAAGGCGCGGCACUAGCUCAUGUCGUUGCCGACGCCUCGCAGCGGAUGAGACUCUAUGAUGUCAGGAGCAGUGACGUUGCCGGGAACACCCCGGCAGGAAAGCGGAUCCACGGAGCUCCGUCUCAUGUGCGAAGGUAUUGGCGGAGCUGUGGAACCUCAGCCGCCUUGGCCCCACUACCCCAUGUCCCCCGUGCAGCACGAUGUGACUCCUGCAAGCCGUGACGGGACCGAGGGAGAAACUGGCACAGCUUCCCACCACCCGCGGGCCGACAUGACAAGAGGGGAGGAGGAAAAGGAGGACAGGGGAGCAGGAGAAGGAAAAGGAGGAACAGGAGGAGGAACGAGAAGCGGAAACUGAUGCGAAAGGGUGCCGGUACUUCACGAGCUGUGUCGGCUACUCAACGGGGCGCAGGGUUGGGCGCUUGCACCCUCCUUCGCUGGUCAGCCUGGUCACGAGCCAGCAAGCUUACCAUUCGAUUUGCCAGCAGCGGCGGCCUUCCCCACCCUGGCGGCACGGCGACGCUCUGAGCUGGCGCCCCCGUGCUCACCGAGGGCAGACGAUGUGCCCGCGCGGCGCGCCCGGCUGCGGGCGCAGUUCCAGUGGGCACGGCGUGAAGAGGUACGCGGAGAGGGACGGGGAAGGAGGAAGCAGGAGGAGGAAGGAGGAGAGCGGGAAGAGGAGGGAGAGGGAAGGGAAAAGGAAGAAGAAGAGGAAGAGGAGGAAGGGGAGCGCGCUGAAGAAGGAAGGCGUCCGAGGGGAGCUGGAAGGACGGAGCGAGAGCAAGCCACGCCGCGCGGGGCCGAUCGCCGAGCGUGAGCAUGGUCCAGACGGGCGCACGACUUGGGCAACUGCUGGUACCAGGGAGCACGGCUGGCCCAACGCCAGACUUGUUGGUGGCUUCGACUGGCCAGAUCACUCGUGGGCCAGCUCGUGGGUUCACGAUGGGGGGGGCGACCAGCCUUGACAGCGGUGCGUCCGAAUAGCCUUCCCUGGGAAUAUCUCCGAAUUUACCAUCCGAUCUGAUAUUGUUCUUGCCUGUAUGGGCCACUGGGUGAGGAUAUCUUGCGGUCAACGCGCGAUGCGUCAAAGUCAAAUUGCGAUCAAGUGUUAAAAAUUAGCAUGGGCGGGCGUGGACGGCACGCGAGCGCACGCAUAUCCACACCGAAUCCAACUUGUCAGCCUCAUCUGCACGCUCACUCUUUGCUGCGCGCGCGGACAUGAGGAAAUAACUGCAACAUCGAUGAAUAAAUUCCCAUCCCCUUCAUGAGCAGGAGACGACCGUCCCAGCAGUCUUCGAGGCCUACCACGACAUGUUCAUAGAACCCCGCAGUGUUCGAAAC